AUGGGGGUCUAUGAUCAUUAUUGGGGCAUCUAUGGGGAUCUAUGGGUGCUGAUCCUCGCCGUCAUUGCGCUGCCCAUAUGCGCUGUAAGGGGCAGGGACGUGGAGAACAUGAGGAUCCUGCGGGCGCUGCUGCAGCACGUCAAGCACCUCUAUGGGAUCCGCAUCACGGUGCGGGGCCGCCACAACUUCCCCCAUAGGGACCCAUACGUCGUCGUCAGCAACCACCAGAGCUCCCUCGACCUGCUGGGGAUGAUGGAGGUGCUGCCGGACCGCUGCGUCCCCAUAGCCAAGAGGGAGCUGCUGUACAUGGGGGCCGUGGGGGGGGCCUGCUGGCUCAGUGGCAUCAUCUUCAUCGACCGCCAAAGGACAGGAGAUGCCAUCGAUGUCAUGGCCGAGGCUGCACACACCAUGCUCAGCCAGGAC